GUUAUUUAACACAAUGUUGUGUUGCGUAAGUUUAUCUGUGCUGAUCACGACACUAUCGAGCGCAAAGUGAGAGGCGGUGCUUUACAUCCACAAUGAGGAGCAGAGAUCCAUCAGAGGCUCAAUCAAAUCCACGUCACCAUGAUCUGUCGGAAUGCACCCAGAUCAGUCAUGGGCAUACUGGCCUUAUCAGAAGGAAUUCCGAGAAACCUUGAAUUCACCGCAAUGACUUCUGGGAGAAAGUUUUGCUUGGAGUUGGUUUUUGAUGUAUAAGGUAAGUUUGGAGCGUUGAAAUGAGGAUUUACUUUCAUGAAGGAGAUAGACCCCAAUCGCUCUUACUUUACGCGUAAAAGCGCACGGCAUGAAGAACGCGCGCCAAAACUUCUCUCAAACUUCACUGACAAGGUCGCUAACACGUGAGAGUUCAUCAACACCAAUGCAUUUCCAUGUGGAUAAGCCGCUCGUGGGCCUGACUGUACACUGAUGCCAGAGAGCCGGGAGCAGGAUGAAGGUGUGUAACCGUGGAGUGCAGAUGCUCCUCACCACGGCGGGGGCUUUCGCAGCCUUCAGCCUGAUGACCAUCGCGGUGGGCACCGACUACUGGCUGUACUCGCGUGGAGUCUGCAGGACCAAAAGCGUCAACGACAAUGACACCAACCGAAAGAAUGAAGAGGUUCUCACGCACUCGGGGCUCUGGAGACAGUGCUGCAUGGAAGGCAUAUUUAAAGGGGUUUGUAAGAACAUUGAUCAUUUUCUAGAGGACGCAGAAUAUGAACAAGAUGCUGCAGAAUAUCUACUGCGUGCUGUGCGCGCCUCUAGUCUUUUCCCUAUAAUGAGCGUGGGACUGCUGUUCGUUGGUGGAGUGUGUGUAGCCGCCAGUGAGUUCUACAAAAGCCGACACAACGUCAUCCUGAGUGCAGGCAUCUUUUUUGUCUCAGCUGGUCUCAGCAACAUCAUUGGCAUUAUAGUGUACAUCUCAUCCAACGCUGGCGACCCCAACCAGAGCGAAUCCAAGCGCAGUCACUGGUACGGCUGGAGCUUCUACUGCGGCGCUCUUUCCUUCAUCAUAGCGGAGACUGUAGGCGUCCUGACCGUGCACCUGUUCAUUGAGACACACCGUGUGUUGAGAGCGCGCUCACAACGAUCACUCCAAAGCAGUACACAUUCCCUGCAGCAUCGGCGCUCGACCAGCUACCGUUCCCGCUACCGCUGGAGACAGGGUCAAAGCCGCUCGUCAGACUCCCGGUCUCGCGAACCUUCUCCGGCCCGUCACGGAAACGACCUCGGGCUUUACGCUCUGGGACGCGGACCACCAACAGCUACGCACGCGCUCGCGCACAACUCCAUAGGCUCUGGCCAGGGUUUUGCACAUUUUCAUAACGCCGUCAUCACUAAUAACAGCUUUGCAAAUCCUCAUGUUUUCACCAUGCAGAACUCAGUGAAGUCGGAAAGAGAGCUUCCGCGCAUACAGAACUCGUUGCGCACCGAGAAAAGUUUUGUGUUUGCAAAUGCACAUGGACAAAAUUCAGUCAAACCGGAAAAUGGAGUCGUGCUGUCGCAGAACUAUAAAUUAAACUUAGUAAAUCCUAGUAAAAGCCCAGUGCAUGAGCAGAGUUCUGGGAAUGAGAAUUCACAUGUGCAAAACGAUGUAAAAGAGCCCUCAUAUAUAUCUCAAAGUGGCACUGCGACAAGAAAAACAACUCCGGUGUAAAACAAAAGACAGGUCUGAGUGAAGGUUAUAUCUGCUAGAAGCAAAUGGGAACAAGAAAAGACUUCCGCUUCUGAGAACUGGGAAAUAUGAAAUUGGUUCAUCCGUCAUUUCUAGAUCCAUAUGAGAAGAAUUGUCAGUGGGGGAAGUAAAUAAACAGUGUGUUAAUUCACACUCAACACCCACGAAGACCUCGAACCCCCAUGGCUCCCUUGGCCUUGCAGCAAACAUGGCUGCCCACUGCCCUGGUUGUGUAUCCACAGUGUGUGUGUGUGUGUGUGUGUGUUCACUACUCACUGCUGUGUGUGUGCACUUGGAUGGUUUAAAUGCAAAGCACAAAUUCCAAGUAUGGGUUGCCAUACUUGGCCUUCACGUCAUGUCACUUUCAUCAGCAAAUAAGUUAAUUCCAGCCAGUACUAAAACUUCUUUUUUUUAUGGUGUGAUAUAUGCUUUUGGCACAUUGCGUUCCUUUCCUUUUGUGACAGAAAUAAGAAAAAAAACAUACAAACUAGUAUUGUUAAGCUUUCAAUGUAUGCCAAUAUAUGGUACUAAUUAUUAAGUAAGUUAUUAUUUACCUCAAAAGAGAAAUUGUAAUGGUACUAUUGUAGCAAUUUGCAUUUAGUCCUUACUGUACAUUUUAUGUGCUCUAUUGGAUUUGGUGAUUUAACAAAUAAUCUUAAUAAAAAUUAACUGACAAAAUGA